UUUACUUCAUCAAUCCCCAUUGUUUACAAAGAAGAUCUGGGAAAAUCAGUGCCAAUUUAUCGAACCCCUUCUCUUCCAGCCAAUACUCACAACUACCACUUUUCUACUUUCUGCUACUAUCUCUACUACACUGGCUUUGCAAAGUUUUCUUAUAAGCUCUCUUCAUUAAUUGAAACACUUAUAAUUGAUAAGCAUUCUGUUUAAUAACUAUAAUUUUUCGCCAGGAAAUAACUGAUUGGAGAAGAAAGCCAAGUUUUUUGUUAAUUCAGAAGUUGAAAGUAACCUGCUAACUAUGUGGCUGAAACUGGUGGCUGUUGGUGUGGUGGCCUACAUUAUUUACCAGAUGAAUGAUAUGUUUGAUCUCAAUGACUUGAAAGGUAAACGAGUUGUGUUAACCGGAGCAUCAACAGGUAUAGGAGAACAGAUGGCUUACCACUAUGCAAACAACAAGGCCAAUCUUCUUAUAACAGCACGAAGAACCAAUGUACUUCAGAAGGUUAUAGAUCGCUGCAAAUCUCUUGGUGAUCCAAAUGGGAACUAUAACUACAUCACAGCAGACAUGGGAAAUCUAUCAGCCACAGAGAAUGUGAUUAAGGAAGCUGAAGAGAAAAUGGGAGGUAUUGAUUUCCUGGUUUUGAAUCACAUCAAAGAAAUAUCUUUAGGUGAAUGGAGUGGGUCUACUGAUAACCUAACAUUGCUCUCCAAUCUCUUUGAUAUCAACUUCAAAGCAUAUGUACACCUGGCUUCCUAUGCUUUGCCCUUACUUGAGAAAAGUGGUGGAAGCAUUAUUGUUGUUUCAUCUAUUGCAGGAAAAUUGGCUCAACCCUAUCUUUCGGUUUAUUCUGCCACUAAAUUUGCUCUUGAUGGAUUCUUCAGUGGAUUACGCAUGGAAUUAGAAUUGAAGAAAUGUAAUGUUUCAGUGACAUUGUGUGUCAUUGGUCUCAUUGGAACUGAAAAUGCUGUUUCCAAGUUGAAGGAGUUUGGAAGAGGAACUGUUCUGGAUCUGGUCAAACCUGCCCGACCAGAGGAUGCUGCUAUGGCCAUCAUAAAAGGAGGAGCUCUGCGUCAACGAGAAAUAUAUUUUCCCUACUUUUCUGCUAAGUUAUAUACAGUCUUUAGAGAUUUGUUUCGGGGUCUUCUAGAAAGUUCCAUAAAAUUUAUGUAUCAGUGAAAAUAUCUUAUUUGUUAUAGCUUGAUUUACUGGCUUUGUUUGCUGCCGUUGCCUGUAAGUCUCCUUAUUCUGUGUGUGUGUGUGUGUGUGUGAGAGAGAGAGAGAGAGAGAGAGAGAGAAAAUAUAUACAUAUUGCAGAAUGUUGUUGAAAUAUUUACAACUCUGUUGUUGAAAUAAUUACUUUUUAAAUGAAUGAACAAAUACAUAUAGACAUCCAUAUGGAAAUAUAUGUAUACAUACACGGAUGUAUAGUUGAAUACAUUCAUGCAAACACAAACACAUACUCAAUUAUACAAACAUACACUUAUACUAGCUCAGUGUAAGUGGCUACUUUAUUUAGUUCUUGAAAAACGAAAAAAGAAUCCUUUUAUUUUUUCUACUAUAAACUACAAAAGAUCUAUAUAUUUUGAAAAUGUGAGACUUUCAAAUCAA